AUGUUWAUUGAAGAGUGGCCUUCCAAAGUAAAUGGUCUGAAAAUGCCAAUAUAUGCAAUUAUGGAAGGUAAAGUCACGCCGUAUAUUUUGGACAAAAAUUUUGAACAGUACUUGCCAGUCAUUCCAUCUGAGGUGGGUUAUGUGAACUUCACAUGGAUGUCUGGAAAUAAGAAUUAUUUUUACAUGUUUGACACACUUGAUUCGGACGACAAAAAUAUACUGGAACCACCUACAGUUACCGUGAAAACUGAUGGGAAAAUACCCAAGAGGCCCAAAG